AUGUCAAGAGUAAAAGGUGGUAAAUGUGAGGUGUGGGUUAUGGAUGAGUAUGGGGUGGCUGAGUCAUGGGUGAAAUGCCAUGUCUUUUCGCAUUUCAGUGGUGAUAUAAUUCCAUAUGGAAUCACAUUACACAAUGAGUUUCUUCUUCGAUUUGAUGGUGGUUUUUGUUUGUAUGAUCCAAUUGCAGCCAAGACUAAAAACUUUGAGAUUAAGGGUAGAAUACAAAUUACUAAAAUUGUGGAGUAUAUUGACAGUCUUGUGUGGCCUUCACCUGUCGUGCAUGCGAGGCAUCAGUUGUUAAAAGGACUACAAAAGGCAACAAAGGGCAUCUCUCGAUUUUUAUUUUGUAAAGGCAUCAGCUGUUAA